AUGCCGGUGGAAUCAGGGAGAACAGCGCUUCUGCCUCCCACUAAAACAAUCACCGUUUAUAAGAACGGUGAUGCUUUCUUUCCCGGGAGAAAAAUAGUGCUGAAUCCCCCAACUUUCCACAACUUUCUGAACACCUUAAGCAAACAUCCGUUCGGCGCUGUCAGGAGGCUUUAUACCCCCACGCAGGGCCACAGAGUGCAGAGCCUGGAUCAGCUGGAGCACAGGAGCGCUUAUGUUGCAGCAGGGAGUGAGGCGUUCAAGCUGCUAGACCCAGUAACGGCUGCAGGAAUUCAAAAGCAUAUCAACAGAUGUUGCCUCAGCAUUAAAGAAAGGCAAACAAGUGAAGAAGCAACCCAGAUAAUCCCCAGACUCCAUGUCAGUGAGCUUGCAAACACCGCUGCCAGGGUGUGUUCUGGUGGAAGCCUGAGAUCACUACACCAACCCCUGAGCCAGCUCUGGGACCCCGCAGUACAGAGCGCUGCUGCUGAGGAGAAACGCAGAGCAUGCGUUAGAGAGGACCUUGAGCUCACAGUCGGGGGCCAGAUGAAGGAACAUGCAGCCAAGACAGAGCGAGCCGAACAGCAGAGGCAGGUGUCCACAAACCAAGAACACUGCACAGCAGGAGGUGACAGCAUAUUUCAUGCAAAAAAAAAACAAAGUGAGGUGGAAGGAGCGGCGGAGGUCGAAGCAGACCCCGAUCUGACGGUGGACCUGCCGAUUGAUCAGGUUGAAGCCCAAAUAGUGGAGGAAGAGGAAGAGGACGCUACCGGUUCAGCAAAAGGGAAGGGCUUCAUGCAUGAUUCAGACGCCACGUGUCUACAGAUCAACUCAACUGCAGGUUCCAGGGAAGACGUCAGAUGA